AUGGGUGCACCUAGAGAAGAACUUAAUUCUAAGAAGAAGCGGCGAAUUAAAAAGAUUUCGAAAGCGAAAAAGUUGAAAAGGGAAGACAAUGAGAAGGAGUUGGAGUCAGUGGUUUCCAGAUACAAGGAUUUGACCAAAGUGAGCUCUUCCUCGUUUAAUCACUUCACCGACUUUCCUUUGUCGAGCAGAACAUUGCGAGGACUCGAAGAUUGUAAUUACGAAGAGCCAACGGAUAUCCAAAAAGAAUCACUUCCGUUCUCCUUAAGCGGUUCCGAUGUUGUUGGUGCUGCGAAAACAGGAAGUGGAAAAACUCUUGCGCUUAUCAUACCGGUACUGGAAUGCCUUUGGAGGUCGAGCUGGUCUACUUAUGGAGGUCUUGGGGCUUUGAUUAUCUCACCUACAAGGGAACUUGCCCUGCAGACUUUCACGGUUAUAAAUAAUGUAGGAAAGCAUCACGAUUUCUCGUGUGCUCUGCUUAUUGGAGGUACUGAUGUCGAAUAUGAAAGAAGUCGACUUGGAAGCAUCAACAUCAUCAUUUGUACUCCUGGCCGACUCCUUCAGCACAUGGAUGAAAACGAGCAUUUGUCCUGUGAUCAGCUUCAAAUAUUAGUGCUUGAUGAAGCUGAUCGCAUUCUUGAUAUGGGGUUUAGCCAGCAGGUUAACGCAAUAAUUGCGAAUCUGCCUGCGGAACGUCAAACCCUUCUUUUCUCUGCCACCCAAACACGGAGUGUUAAAGAUCUAAGUCGAGUUUGUACCAAGGAUCCUGUUUUUGUUUCCGCUCACGAGCGAUGUGCACAUGCAACACCUGACUGCUUGGUACAGUGGUAUAUGGUUUGCGAGGAACAAGAUAAAGUAAACACAAUGUGGUCUUUCAUCGUUAAUCACAAGAAAUCCAAGAUAAUGAUAUUUGUUUCAAGUUGCAAACAGGCGAGGUUUCUUACACAUGCUUUCUGUCAUCUCCGGCCAGGCUUGCCAGUAAUGGGUUUGUGGGGAACAAUGAACCAAAAGAAACGUGUGGACGUCUUCCAAAAAUUCGAAAAUAAAGAGGCUGCUGUAAUGAUUGCUACUGAUGUUGCUAGUCGUGGUCUUGACUUUUCUGACGUGGAUUGGGUUGUACAAGUUGACUGUCCUGCAUCGGUUGAAGACUAUAUCCACAGGGUAGGUCGAACUGCUCGAAUGAAUCAAACCGGCCAUGCUGUUCUCUUUCUGACUCCAUCUCAGGAAGAAGGAAUGAUCGCAGCGUUGAAACAAGCCAGUAUACCAUUGGAGAAACAAGUUGUUGAUCCGAACGCGUUAGUUGAUGUGCGAACUAAGAUGCAAGCUGUGCUGUCUCAAUUUCCUGAGCUGAAUCAACAUGCGCAGAAAAGUGUGGUUGCCUAUUUACGAAGCAUCUAUAUGAUGCGAAACAAACGUGUGUUUGAUGUCACAACAGUAAAUGCCGCAGAACUCGCUGCUUCCUUUGGGCUAGUUACUGUUCCUAGAGUUCGCUUCCUAAGCAGGAAAGGAAUGAACAUUACUAACCCAGAAAACAAAAAAGAUGGAGAAAAGGCUCCAAGACCUCUCCCGCUUUCCCAGCAUAUAGACAGCAGCAGUAAUGACCAGGAAACUUUUGGUCCAAAAUGUGCUGAAGUUGACGAGAAUGACGACUUGUUUGUGGUCAAGAAAAGAGACGUGUUCAGUCUCCUUAAAGAUAAUCAUCUUCCAGAAUGCAAUGUUGUCCCUUCAGUAGCUAAAGCAAGUGGUGGAACGAAGAUCAUUACAAAGAUGAACGCUGCGAAAAAGUUACUUAAUAAAAAAGUGAAGCUAAGUGUAAGGAAAGUCUUCGACGAAGAAGGAGAAGUUGCGCAGGUCGAUGGAAUCGUAGACAGUAUUGAAGAGAGUGCUGGAUUAGAUUUAGCGUCAGCUGUGGAGUCAAUGAAGCGGAGUAAUGUGGAGGAUCGUAAACGUCACAAAGAGCUAAUCAAACAAAGAAGGAAAGAAGAGAGGAUACGACUGAAAAAGAAAAGAAAUAAGGAGAAGGAAGGAGAUCUCGACUUGGGAGAGGGAGGAAGUGGCAUUGAUAGCGAUGCCGAUCUCUCUUUCUUGCCGGAUCCAGAUGAAGUUUUUAAGAAAUACGCAGAGGAGGGCAAAGAUUAUGCAAAACAAAUAAUUGACGAGGAAAGUUCCCAUUCGGCUCCCUUGCGGAAAAGGCGAAAACAAACAAAAGAGCUCAAGACCGCUGAACAGCAGGCGUUGGCUUUGCUAACUCCUUUUUAA